AUGGAUAUUAUAACCAUUUCUUCGUCUGUAUCAGUUGGAUAUCAUUCGAUAGCAGUUAAUCAAGACUUAAGACUGGAAAAGAAGAUUCCAUCAUCAGCUAGCGGUCGUUCUUUCAAUCAAUAUAAUCGUGUUACUAUCUUACUAGAAAACCAUAGCCAAUUGCAUCAUAUGCAAAGUGAAUGCGUCCAACAGUUUGAUAUUGUUGCUGUUCAGCCAACAACUGAAAAGUUAUUUCAGGCAAUUGAAAAAGGUAUUCAUUUCGAAAUUAGCUAUUCGCCUACUAUUCGUGACUCUGGGUUACGACGUCGUGUAUUAGCAAACGCCAUUGAAAUCAUUAGAGUUACGAAAGGCAAACAUUAUUAUUAUUAUUUGCAACAGAACGUGAUUAUCACAAGUGGUGCAGAAAAGCUCUAUGUGACUAUAUUUUAUGAAUACUGUAGAAUUAUGACAAAGUUAUUUCACUUAGCUGCUAAGUAUCAAGGCAAAGUAACCUUAAACUCUGUGAGAGGACAAUUGUUUGGAUUGAAACAAGGAGCCGCAAAGCGGUCUAUUUGUGAAAAUGGUCGAGCUGUGCUUCUUCACGGAGGUUGGUCAGCUGCUUUCUUAGUAGGCAUAAUGAUAUUACUUCGGUCAUACUGCUAA